AAUAAUGAUAAAUCCUUAACAACAAAAUAACUAACUAUAUAAUGAUUGUCCUAGUCCUUUGGAUAUUGUUACUUCUGCUCUCUAUAGCUAUUGCUUCGUUUAUUUGUUUGCGACAGUGGCUACAAAACAAGAAAAAGAAAUUGCAUGCUUUGUCGUCAGAUAAUAAGGUUUAUGUUGGCAUUUUCCAUCCCUACUGCAACUCGGGAGGUGGUGGCGAACGUGUCUUAUGGUGCGCCGUGAGAGCUUUGCAGGAAAAAUACCCCAAUGCCAAGAUGAUUAUUUAUACGGGGGACAUAGAUGCGUCCCCGAAUUCCAUAUUGGAGAAAGCCAAGAAUGUCUUCAACAUAAUUAUUGAUAGCGACAACGUAGAGUUUGUGUUUUUAAAGCAACGGAGCUGGAUAGAAUCAAAAACGUAUCCGCACUUUACUUUAUUGGGCCAAAGCCUAGGAUCGAUGUUAUUGGGAUUGGAAGCGAUUUGCAAGUUCCCUCCGGAUAUCUUUAUUGAUACCAUGGGAUAUGCGUUUACUUUUCCUCUAUUCCGAUAUUUGGUUCAGGCUAAAAUCGGCGCCUAUGUACACUAUCCGGUGAUCAGUACCGACAUGUUAAGGAGAGUUCAGAGCCGGCAAUUCUCCCACAACAACAAGAAAUAUGUGGCGAGAAAUCCAUUUCUUACUUGGGCCAAACUGGCCUAUUACCGCUUGUUUUCAAAGAUUUAUAAAUGGAUGGGGCGUUGCGCUGACACAAUUAUGGUAAAUUCCACAUGGACUGAGAAUCACAUAUUACAAUUGUGGGAUGUGCCUUUUAAAACGCAUCGUGUGUAUCCUCCCUGUGAAGUGAGCCAUCUUAAAAAUCUUCCGCACUCGGAGAAAAAUGAUGAAGUUAUCAUAUUAUCUGUGGGACAGUUUCGCCCAGAAAAAGACCAUCCACUGCAACUACAAGCUAUGUAUGAGCUUCGAACUCUGCUGGCACAAGAGGAAUCCCUCUGGAACAAAAUACGACUCGUCAUUGUGGGCUCCUGCCGAAAUAAAGAUGACUACGACAGGCUGAAAAACAUGGAAGAUUUGGCAAAGCAUUUGUCUCUGGAAAACUGUGUUCAAUUUCAUGUGAAUGUUUCGUAUGAUGAUCUUCUUAGACUAUUUCAAAGUGCUCAUAUUGGAAUACAUACCAUGUGGAAUGAACAUUUUGGAAUUGGAAUUGUUGAAUGUAUGGCAGCUGGUCUUAUAAUGGUGGCUCAUAGGUCUGGAGGCCCUCUACUCGAUAUCAUUGAAACCUCUGAAGGCAGUCAGAACGGAUUUCUCGCAACUGAUGCAGUUGAGUAUGCGGAAAAUAUAUUAAAUAUAAUUCUUGAUUCGUUUGACACAAAUAGAAUUAGAAAUGCGGCAAGAUCAUCGGUGGAAAGAUUUUCUGAACAAGAAUUUGAAAAAGGUUUUUUACGAGCUACUUCAACCCUGUUUACAGACGCAUAAAACCAAAAAGGAAGAGUAUUUCCACCUGGGAAUGAUAACAACUAAAGCAAGUGGACAUCCGAUCCAUUCUACUCGAGUAGGACAUAGAACAUAAAGAAUUAGGGGAUUAAGCCCCAACCGUUAAA